AGCACAAGUGAAUGAUUUAUAGAAGGACUAUGGUAGAUUUAACAGAUUUCAAAGAAAGACACCAUUGCUUCGGGUUAUUCAUUUAAAGGAUGGCAAAGCUUUUCUUUUUCUUCAUGCUUACUUCCCUUUUUAGCAGAAGCUUAGGCUCCGCGGCUCCCUCAUCCCAGCUCCCGAAAGAUCUUGGAGAUGCGUGCCAAAAUAUAUGGAACGCUGCGGGAAACAAUCUUAGAGUUCCUUCAGAACUAACUGUUGACAUGGUCGGUAAAAAUCCCUUGUUUACGGUGAUUGGAACUGGGCAAGGCAAACUUAAUUCCGACGUGUUUAGACUGUUCGGAGCCUUACUACAGGAUAAUGUCGAGGCGAAUCAAGAGGCUUUUCUCAACUCUAUAAUACAACGAGGUGGACCGAUUGAACAAGCUUUGAACUACCUCAACGCACAUGAGUCAUUAGGACAGGAUCUAGCGACUUUUAAGGAAACUUUAAAAGAGCUGUGGUUCAUUCUUCCCCGAGGCAAAGAGACUAAGGGCUUCUUACAUGUAUUUUGCGGUGAAGUGGGACAGUUGAAGAAACAUUAUGAGGGAUUUCACAACUGGUUCCAGUUCUACCGUUUACAGACGACCACAAAUGAAUUAACCAAUGUCGAGGUGGCUUCAGUGACGUAUGACACAGAGCCUACUUUUAUGCAGGGCCUGGAUUUCACUUGGGACGUCGCUAAGAAAAGGGGCGGUGGCAGCAGCUUGUUUGUUGGAACAAGCCCAGCGUUUGAUUUUGCCAUUUUCAGUGUCUGUGCUCUUUCCAUAUUUAAACCACCAAACCAACUGACAGAAUGCUCUUGUCAAAUUCACAAAACCAUCUUAAGAAUUACAGCGAAGGAAAUUUCUGUCAAAGAGAAAAAGGUUAUGACUCCAAAAGGCAAGGUUAACACAGCCUACCCAUCGGCUGUUAUCGCUGAUCCAAUGUGCACAAGCGUUGAUCCCAACACGAGAACAAAUUGUGGAACGGCUGGGAUAGACGAACACACCUGUGGAGAAAGAGGCUGCUGCUUUGACUGGCAGCAAUACACUGCCCAAACCCAUAUGUGUUUUUAUCCUGCAAACCACGAAUGUCAUGUCGCCCCUCCCCACACUAAAGUAGAUUGCGGUUCUCCACCUGGAAUAACCAGGAUUCAGUGCGAACAAGAAAAGAACUGUUGUUUUGACGAAAGCCCUGCCCAAGGUGCUCCUAAAUGCUAUCAAAAAGUUCCAAGUGAAGUGGGACAGUUGAAGAAACAUUAUGAGGGAUUUCACAACUGGUUCCAGUUCUACCGUUUACAGACGACCACAAAUGAAUUAACCAAUGUCGAGGUGGCUUCAGUGACGUAUGACACAGAGAUCCUUGAGACAACCGAGAGAAAAAAAAAAGAGCUACAUGAUUUAUUCACUACAUUUACUCUACCUUUUGUUCUGUAG